AUGCAGCACAUUCCGACGACGGUCGAGGAACAGUUGUUUUUUAAAGCAGUUAAGGAAGAAUGCCCCUGGGAGAAUUUGCCCAAACGGCUUCAAGCCAUUUUUAAUUCUAAAGAAGAAUGGCACAGAAGGAUUAUUGAACAUUGUAUCAAGAAAAGGCUCCAAUGGGACACUUGUUUCGCUCGCAAAAUAUGCAAAGAAAAUGAAUAUUAUGAAGAGCUGAUGCGUGUCUUGCGAAAGAGUCUAGCGUUAUUCCCUUACUACCUUGCGGAAUAUAUUUGCCGUGUGAUGAGGGUGUCUCCUUUCCGAUAUUACUGUGAUAUGAUAUUCGAUCUUAUGAGAAAUGAGCAACCUUAUGACAGUAUCCCAAAUUUCAGCGCUGCUGAUGCCUUGAGACUCACAGGAAUUGGGAGAAAUGAAUUUAUCGAUAUCAUGAAUAAAUGCAAGUCUAAGAAGAUCAUGUGGAAGCUGAGCAAGUCGAUUGCAAAAGAGUUGUUACCUACCCAACCUGUGGACUUUCCAAUUGAACCUUGGUGGGGAGUUUCUCUUGUUAACUUUACCGUAGAAGAGUUUAAGAAACUUUCAGAGGAUGAAACGGCAAUGAUAGAUAAAAUCUGCAAGGAAGAAGCUAAUGCAUAUGUCCUUUUUGAUCCUGAUAUUAUAAAAGGUCUGUAUCGACGGGGAUUGGUCUAUUUUGAUGUUCCUGUAUAUCCAGAUGACCGUAUUAAAGUUUGUAGGCUUGAAGGGUUUAUUUCAAACAAGGAGCAGUCUUAUGAGGAUCCUAUUGAGGAGUUGCUAUAUGCAGUUUUUGUUGUUUCAAGUGAGCAUGCUACUGUUGCUGAGCUGGCAUCAACCUUACAAGCGGAUCUUACUAUACUGCAGGCUGCUGCAUCUUUCGUUUGCCGCUUGGGAUGGGCAGAAAAAGUAAUUGACCCGGCAUCUAUUCUUCAAGAAAACACAACGUUAUCUCAUGGUGUUGUCCUUACGGAUGAAGAAGAGUCCUCUCACCGCAGUUCAACCUCUGCAAAUGUGUCCACUGAUGGUGACUCUGCUCAUCAAGGAGAUUUUUGGGGGACAGAAAACCACCGUUCUCAUGAUGCUCGGGUUGCUUUUGUCGUUGAUGCUAAUAUAACAUCUUAUCUUAUGAUGGGCUCCGUUUCACCGGGAUUGAAAUCUCAUGCUGUGACGUUAUAUGAAGCAGGGAAACUAGGCCAUACUAGCAUUGCAAAUCUUUGCAAAGACCUGAGCACGUUGGAGGGAACAAAAUUUGAGGGAGUGUUGCAGGAAUUUGCAAAUCAUGCAUACAGUCUCCGCUGUGUCUUGGAGUGUCUACUAUCUGGUGGUGUUACCGCUGAUACUAGAGCCGUGGAAGUUGCUGACAGAGCGAGAGUGUCAACUUCAGGCUGUGAUGAGUCUAGUAUGAUAGCUGACACAUCAUUGACCAAUGUAUCAGACCAAUCUGCUGCUAAAGAAACUGAAGAAAACAUUAAUGAUGCUAAAAAUUUAGCAACGUCCCAGGAAGAUUCCUUUUUGGACUACUCUGUACCUGAAACGACUGGUGAUAACGGAUCUGCUACCCUAGCAGAAGAUGGUAAGCUCUCGAGUGAGUUUUCCAAGUCAGGUCUGAUUGUCCAGAAUGUUGAGAAAAUGAUACAUAUGCAAGGACCUGACCAAGGAAAAGGAACUCCAAGGAAGAGAAAGAGAUAUCGAGUGGAUAUCCUCCGCUGUGAAAGCUUGGCUUCUCUGCCAAAGGCAACCUUAGAUCGGUUAUUUCUUCGUGACUAUGAUAUAAUUGUGUCUAUGAUUCCUCUUCCACAUUCAUCUGUUCUUCCUGGGCCUACAGGUCCUAUUCAUUUUGGUCCUCCCUCUCACUCAUCAAUGACACCAUGGAUGAAAUUGGUGCUAUAUUCAACGGUGGCCAGUGGGCCUUUAUCGAUUGUACUGAUGAAAGGACUAUGUCUGCGCAUGUUACCUGCACCUUUAGCUGGUUGUGAGAAAGCCCUUAUAUGGUCUUGGGAUGAUUCAACGACCGGAAGCUUGGGUGGAAAGUUUGAAGGAAAUUUAGUCAAGGGAAGUAUACUUUUACACUGUUUGAAUUCGAUGCUCAAACACUCUGCUGUUAUAGUGCAGCCCUUUAGCAUAUAUGAUCUUGAUGGCUCUGGAAAAGUUGUUACAGUUGACAUACCCUUGCCCCUUAAGAACUCUGAUGGCUCAGUUGCUCCCGUAGGGGACAAGCUAGGACUAUGUGCAGGGGAAUGUUUGAAAUUGAAUGAUCUAUUAACUGUUUUGGCUCACAAGAUAGAGUUAUGGACAAUUGGUUACAUUCGCUUACUAAAACUUUUUAAAGAAAGGGAAUCGGAUAAUUUUGGCCCCAAUGGGAAGUAUGAAUGGGUUCCACUGACCAUUGAAUUUGGGAUGCCACUUUUCAACCCAAAAUUAUGCAAUAACAUAUGUGAAAGGAUUGUCUCCUCAGAGUUGCUUCAAGUAGAUUCACUUACUGAGCAUCAUAAUUCAAUGCAAAACAUGCAAAGAAAGUUGCGUGAUUUUUGUGCAGAGUAUCAAGCAACAGGUCCUGCAGCAAAACUUCUUUACCUAAAGGAGCUGCAAAAGGAUGGUUCAAAGGAUUCAGAGCAUGACAUCAACUAUCCUAGUAGUGGAAAGUGGAAUCCACUGGUAGACCCUUCUUCUCCCAUUUCUGGAGCAUCUAAUGAGCAUCAAAGAUUCAAACUUGCCUGUCGACAGCGUAGUCGGACUGAAGUUUUGAGCUUCGAUGCCAGCAUUCUUAGAUCAUUUGCCGUAACUCCAGUAUAUGAAGCUGGCACAAGAUCUGUUGAAGAUUCCCCCGCAGCAACUGCACCCAGAGUUGAUCUUGAUGAAACUGACAGCGGUGAAGUUAUCCUUCCCGGUCUUAACCUCAUUUUUGACGGUGCAGAGUUGAAUCCCUUUGAUAUUGCUGCUUGCCUGCAGGCUCGCCAGCCAAUUUCAUUAAUAGCAGAGGCAGCUUCGGCCUCUACAUCUUUUGCAAUUAAUUAAACAGGUCUUAUGAAUGUGAGAAGUGUGGAUUGGAUAUUUGUCUCCAUACACUGACAAAUGGAAGUUAUUGUAGCCUUCAUACUGCGUUAUUCUGGGUUAUCUGCUUCAUUUUUGAAGUCAUCUCAUGGAUGUGAACUAGCAGUUGCAUCAAAGAUACUCUUUUACCUAUUGCUUGAAGAUUGUUUUCCAGAUUGUUGCGGGUUAGUAUAUGCCAAUUGAAAGUUUUUUCUUUCUUUUUCUGAUUAGUCAGUUUAUUACUGAAAUAUUACCCUUUUCUUCUCGUUGCUUGGCGGCUUCAAGCAAAGGUAGAAACUUUUGACAUACUACAUACAUAUGCAAGAAAACAAAGAUAGCUUUAUUUAUUUUUAUUCUUUAUUUUGAA